UGGGUCAGAGUUGGGUGCAGCACCACCGCUCCACCAGAGAAGGAAGCGGAGUUUCCGGCUGUUUGCAGCGGAGGGAGAGGAUUGCUGACGCCGUGAAACCCCGAGGAAAACGCAGCCAGCUCGGGGGCUAACACUUUCUAGUAUCGGUAGUGGUCGUUUUCUUUGGUAUUGGGGGAUCUGGGGGCUGGUGAGGUUUUUUUUACGGUCCGAGGAAGUCGGACAGCAAACCGAGCAAAGAAGCGGCACAAGGCGGGGGUGAGCCACUAGCUACCGGCAUGGCCAGGGACUACGAUUACCUCUUCAAGCUGCUCAUCAUCGGUGACAGCGGAGUUGGGAAGAGCAGUCUCCUCCUGCGAUUUGCAGACAACACGUUUUCAGGUAGCUAUAUCACCACAAUCGGCGUGGACUUUAAGAUCCGGACGGUGGAGAUCAACGGGGAGAAGGUGAAGCUACAGAUCUGGGAUACAGCAGGGCAGGAGCGCUUCCGCACCAUUACCUCUACAUACUACAGGGGGACGCACGGGGUCAUAGUGGUGUACGACGUCACGAGUGCCGAGUCCUUCGUCAACGUCAAACGAUGGCUACAUGAAAUCAACCAGAACUGUGACGAUGUGUGCCGAAUAUUAGUGGGAAACAAAAACGACGACCCCAACUCCAAGGUGGUCGAGACCACUGACGCGCAGAAGUUUGCAGAGCAGAUGGGAAUCAACCUGUUUGAGACGAGCGCAAAAGAGAACAUCAACGUUGAAGAGAUGUUCAACUGCAUCACGGAGCUAGUGCUAAGAGCCAAGAAGGAGGUGCUCGCCAAGCAGCAGCAGCAGCAACAGAACGACGUGGUCAAACUCACCCGGAACAGUAAACGGAAGAAAAAGUGCUGCUAGCAAACUCCAAGCCAUCCACACACACACACACACACACACCAAAAAAAAGGCCGGCGGCGUCUUUUUUUUUUCUUUCCCUCUUCACACAUGCAUAAACACAAGCUGGGACUCAGAGCAUCUAAAUUAAAGAGCAGAUAAAGAUUUAAUAAAUAUACGGUGAAAAGAAAGAAAAAAAAAAAGUCCCCUUUGGACAAACUAAUCAUGAAGACUUCAAAACAAGUGUACAGAUUUUAUUAGACGUCAGAUCAAGUUUUAUUUGGAAGUCAGCAGACGGGCACUAUUGACCUGAGGUCCUCCUUUGUUUAAGGAUCUGCACGCUGACAAGUGAACACCUUAAUGCUCCGAUUUGUCUCCACACAACCCCCCCCCACCCCCACCCCCACCCAGUAUCUCAGCCCUCCUCCUCAUUCCACUGCACACGGGACAUUCAGAGUCACGUCAGACUCUGCGCCUGACGAGGAGGAGGGUUUCACCUUUUUCUGGAUUUUUUUGUUUCUUUCUCUUUUUUUGGGGGGGGGGUGGGGGGGGGGGCUGUUUGGUUGGGAGGUGUUUCUUUUUUCUGAGGAAGAGUGGAGGUGUCACCACCUCUCGACGGUUUCAACAUUUCAGACACCUGCGUUACCACAGCUCACGCCAAGAGAUCAUGAACUGCUAGAUUUUUGAUUUUUUUAUUUGACUUGUUGCAAGGGGGGAGGGGGGGGGGUUACCCCACAGAUGAUGAAGAUGAUGUUGAUGAUGAAGAUGAUUGGUAGACGACCUAUAGUAACUAAUCCAUGGACAGAACUGGUGACUUCUAAUGUUAUUUUUUCUUUGCCGAUAUUUUGCCAAGCUUUCCCACCCGCUCCCCUCUAACCUCCUCUUUUCUUUUUUUUUGCUUCUUAUUUUUUAUUUUAUUUUAUUUUUUUUGCGGCAGAGCAGUUGAACCGCUCCUGGAGCUCUGGGACGUCCGGCUCUGAAAGCACCGUUCACCGCAGUCUUACUACCGCUUUCAGAGGUUGCUUUUUAAAUCUUUUCCUCAGUAUUUUAAACACAAAAAUAAAAUGAUACUGCCAAUAUUAUGGGAAAAAAAAUAUUAGGAGCUCAGUGGCGGCUCUCAUUUGCCCUGGUGCCAUAGUGACCCCUGGUAGGCCAUGAGGCAGGGGGAAUCGGGGUGUAAGGGGACCCUCAGGAAGUGCUUGGGGCUGCCUUCCCUCCUCCUCCCUAUUUCCUUCUGUACUUCUGCAGCCACUGGCCUCCCCACCCCCCCAAACCACCCACAUAUCAGCAGCCCCGGACUCACCUCCUGCAUUCGGUCCAUCAAGGGGCUCUUACUCUGGAAACUGGCUUCUCGUCGUCGUCGCGGUGAUCUCCAAUCCAUAGCAAACUGUGUAUUUUUUUUUUUUGCCCUUGCAUGUAACACUUUGCUUGAAGGGGUUUGUAAAAGGUAAUGCCAGACUUGCAUUUAGACUGUCAAAAGAUUUACUGUAUUUUUCCAGCUUGCAGAAUAUUUUCAAGAGUUGACUAAUGUUUCCAAGUCUGAUGUCAUGUUUUUCUUUGCUUUCCUCUGUCACAACCUACCUGUUCAAUGAAAGUGUUACCGCACAGUGUUUUUUCUUUCUUUUUUUCUUUCUUUUUUUUUUUCUUUGUGGCAUUCGCGAUGAGUGUGGCAGACAGUGGGACUGAUGAUGUAAGAACAAAACAAGGACGGACUGCAGCGCUGGAUCCCGGUGUGUUCGGGGCCCCGAGCUCCUCUCCCUCUGCACGUGCACCGCCAGGGUUUGCCAAGAGGCCGAAGCAUCGUACAAUGUCUAUAACUGACAUAUUUUUGAUCUUUAUUUUUGAAUUGGGAGAGUAAUAAAUGGAAAGAGCUAUAGAUAUUGGCUGAGCUUCUGUUGGAAACAUUUAGUUUUCAGACUCUGGGCAGACUCCGGGCUGCCAGUUAGGGAUCCUGAUACGAGUUGUCACGGUGGCCUCCAGGACCUAGAUAUGGUGUCAAAUUUCACACUUUAUGAUUUCUAUUCAUUACGUGUAUGUAUAUAUAAAUAUAUUUGUGUGUUUAUAUUCAGUAUAGAACAUACACACAUAAUUGGCACACCAAACUUUGCAUGUGUUAACAUGCCCCGUGUGCUAUGGUUGCAAUACACUCGUCAGCUGUGGUUUACUGUACACUGGAGAAAAAGAGAUGUACUAUUCAGUUUUCCCUACAUGAAUUUAAUCAGUAAUAAAUGUUUUAAAGGAAUAAAUAUUUGACACAUAA